AAAAAAGACACAGAAACUGCUGUUUGUUGCCAAACCUACUCCUUCAACCUCAACAAGCACUCAAGGAGGAGGAGAUGUUGGGAAAAGUGUAUACUUACAGCCCCUUGCCCACACUGAACAAGUGGCAAAAGCUGAAGCUCUAUGGGCAUUGAACGUUGCAGAAACUGGUAUGUCAUACAAUUCAUGAGAUGGUGUUCCUAAACUAUUUAGAGCCAUGUUUUCAGGACAAGUGUCUGCAGGCUUUACCAUGAGCAAGUCCAAAAUCUCCUACUUAAUUUCUGAUGGGAUUGGACCUUUCUUAAGGAAAAAGCUAGUCGAUCAAAUUAAUUCCAGUAAAGUUCCAUAUACAAUUCAGUUUGAUGAAACAGGGACUUGCCAAGACAAAAAACAAUGUGACAUUCUUCUGAGAUUUUGGAAUGUUAAACAGGGACAAGUGUCAACUGUAUGUCUCAAAAGUCUACUGUUUGGACAUGCCCUAGCUGAUGUGGUAACUGAGGAAUUAUUAUAACACUAACUGAAAAUGGGUUUGAACUGAAUGUAGAACAGUUAGUUUCUCUUGGUUGUGAUGGCCCAAAUGUGAACAAGGCAAUAUGGAAAAACUCAAUGACUAUAAGGAGUUAGGGUUUGCAGAUUUAGUGCCAUUCAUUCCUUGUAACCUUCAUGUUGUCCACAACGCCUUCAAGAAAGGAAUCUAUGUGUAUGGUGAAGAUGCUGAACAACUGGCAGUGGACAUUUUUCAGUGAUUCAAGUCACACACAUGUCAGUGGGAGGGCUUCCAUGAAACCUUGGCAGAACUGGGGCUGGGUGAUGAAAUGUUUGUGCGACAUGUUCAGUGUCGGUGGAUAACACUCAUCCCUGCUCUGCAGAGAAUACUGCGCAACUGGAAAGCUGUCUGCAAGUAUUUCAUAACUGACCUCCUAGCUAUGAGCAAGGAGAAUCGUACAGAGUCUAACCUUCGAAAGAACUCCAGGUAUCAACGUAUUUGUAGUCAGCUUAAGGGCAAAUAAACACUUGCUGAGAUCCAUUUCUUGACAAACACAGGGCCUUUGUUUGAAUCUUUCCUGGAACUCUUCCAGAAGCAAGAGCCACUUAUCCAUCUAUUGUACUCUGAAUCAGCAGAUCUGCUGAAGACAAUCAUGCUCCGCUUCAUGAAGUAUGACUCUGUUGGAAAUUGUAAAGGCAGGCAGUUGCUGGCAGUGGAUGUUCGGAAAGCCGAGUUGUGUUCUGAUGUUGCUGACAUGGAGAUUGGAAAUGACACAAAGAAAACUUUGUCUACCUUAGAACAUGGUUGUGCAAAGACAGUGUUGUUUAGCAUGAGCUCUUUCUACCAGACAGUUGCUGAAUAUCUACAGAAACACCUACCACUUCAGAGCAAUCUGAUGAAAGGAGUUUAGUGUCUUCAUCCUGAAGUUUAAGAUCAGGAGGCAGCCCAAAAGUAUUUGAAAAUACUGUGCAACUCUUUGCCGUUGAUCUCAGAUCAGAAGGUGUCUGCUAUAAUGGAUGAGUGGAAAUUGUACAGAGCUGAAGAGAUUCCCACAUCAGUUCUAUAUGAUAAAGAAGAAAACCUGAAAAGGAUUGAUUCAUACUGGGACUAUGUGAUUAGCACUAAAACCAAAGCCGGUGCUCUGAAGUGUCCACAUUUGACGAAGGUGGUACAGACAUGCCUGCACAUGGAAACGCGGAUGUGGAAAGGAGUUUGUCCAUCAACAAAAAGAUAUUAACUCCAGAAAAAACCUGUCUCUCGGAGGAGUCACUGAAUGGCUUGAAAAUGUCUAGAGAUGUAGUAAGCAUGUUUGGCAAGGUGGCAGAUGUGCCUGUUACAAAGGAACUGCUGUCAUCAGUAAGAAAGGCUCAUAAGAAAUAUACAGAAAGAAAAGAGGCAGAAAAAAUGGGGACCUUGAUGAAAGAGAGAAGAAUAGAAGAGGACAAACUAAACAGACAAAAAGAGAAAGAAUCACAUGAGAAAGAACUGGCGAAAAAGAGAAAGAUACGUGAAGAAGAGAAGGAUCUCAAAACAAAGGAAAGGAUUUACAUGAAGACUUGCAGAGAGCAAAUGAGAUCUUUGAAGAAGCCAAUGAAAGACUGGCUGCAGCCAUUAAGGCAAAGGACUUCAAGGAACUGAACAUUGCUCAGUCUGUACUAGAAGUGGCUAAAGGAAACAUUAAAAAGAUGACAGAGUCAAUUGAAACAUGCAAAUAUAAAAGAGAUGAAAUAGCAAGAAAGAGAAAGAGGAUGAUAGAUGACUGCCUAUCAAAGCAAAAUACUGCAUUGGAUAAGGGCCAAUAGAAUAGUUUGAGUGGGCUUAUAGUGCUUGCUUUGUUGAUGUAUGUUAAUAUUCAGCUGAUUGCUUCUGGAGUUCACAAAUACAUAUAUAAUUAUGCAUGUAGGUGUGUAUUCAUAUGCCUCUUGUGUUUUGAAUCAGUUACUUUACCUUUUAUUAACAACUAACAUUCUCUUGUGUUUAACCAUUUCCAUUUUAUACAUGUGUACUGUAUAGAUCUGCAUUAGCAUUAGUGCUCUAAUCAUUGUAAAUAAUCUGGCUUACUAACUCACUGUACUGAAUAUAGUCCUUUACUUGUAGCUUGUAACCACAAUGACAUAC